AUGUCGAUGGUAGUUACAAUUAAAUUGAUUCAAGAGGCUGUUUUGAGACCACAUCAAAUGCAUCAACAACUAGCAGGUUAUGAUGCUGAUACGAUAGUGUAUCAACUCAUUACCUUACUUAUAAAUUCCAAUUGCAUAGAUGAAACCACAUUGAAAUAUAUAACUAGAUUCUUUACUCCAGAGACUUUCCAAAUGUUGGUACUCCAAAGAAUUAACAAUAAACGUUGUGGAUACCCACUUUGCGAUAAGCCUGUCUCACAUAUAAACCAUUCUGAUGCAUUUUCUCUCAUUAAUACUAAGACAUCGUAUUUCAAUAAGUUUUGUAGUGACCUGCAUAUGAAAUCAACAAGUUUCUUGCAAGCCCAAUUAUUAACAACCCCCCUAAGGGAAAGAGUUGGUAUCCAUUUGAUUUCAAAUUAUGAUAUUGACAAAUUCCAGAGAGAAAAUAUAAUGUAUAAUAAUAUCGUUUUAUUUGAAGAAUAUAUACGAGAAAAAACAUUAGAUCAAGAUUUGGAUUCCAUCAUGAAAAGCUUAGAAACUUUAGAAUUCCAAAUUUAA